AUGGCUAAGAAGAAAGCCAAUUACGAGAUCACCAAGUCUCGCAUCAUCAAGUUCAUCGUCGGUUGGGACAAGGUCGAACACAACGUUCAUGAGGCAGUCAUCGGUCGCCUCUCCAAGCCACUCCGAGCCCUCGUUACCAAUGGAAUGAGAGAGUCUGUGGAGGGCGUUGUUGUCUGGGCUGACGUCGACUCCGACAUUUUCGCUAUCUUGAUGGAGUUCGCCUACACCAAGAAGCUCAUCAUCGCCGAUGAGAAGGAGGAGAGAGUGCGCCAGUUCGAAAAGGCUGAGUCGCUUCAAGAUCGCCUAAUCUACUACGCAUGGCACUCGGAGAAUGGAGAGAGCAUACCAGGGGACCUUGAUCCGGCUUGGCAUCGCGUCAUGCAUGACUGGCACUAUGACGAUUUGCAAAUUAUACACAUUCACUCGAGAGAGUACUUCAUGUUGCAUGCUCGAGUCUACAUCUUGGGCGAUCAGUACAUCAUUCACAGUCUGAUGGAUGCAUGCAUCAAGAAGUUACGUCGUGUGAUUGUUCGCCAUCCAUUUACCGACGAAUUCGCGCAGAUCAUCUGCGACCUCAUCGUCUUCAUCUGGCCAAAAACAUUGCCAAAUGGCCAAUUUCGAGAGGUACUCAUUGACUACCUGCGCAUUGAGUUCGACAGAGCCUUCGAAUUUCCCUGCAUCAUCAAAGUCUCGGAAGAAGUUCCUGAGAUCUAUACUGAGGUUCUCAAUCGCUCACCCAAAGUUCAAGAGGACCUGGUUGAGUGUGAUCGUUUCAUGGCCAUGCAUUUAGAGCCUAGAAACCGCAAGCCGCUAUAUCAAAAACCCAGUUCAUCGCUUAGAGAUUCCGCAUCUGCUCAGCCAGAGAGAGAACAGAGAAAACGCUUGCUGCGAUUCUAG